AUGAAGCAAAAGAUAGUUAUAAAGGUGCAAGUGAGAUGUAAGAAAUGCAGGGCCAAGGCCAUGGAGACAGCCGCCGGAGCAGAUGGUGUAAUAUCGGUGGCAUUGGAAGGGGAAAACAAAGACAAAGUAGUGGUGAUCGGAGAUGGAGUUGAUGCAGCAGACUUGACGAUGGAAUUGGAUAGGAAGCUUGGCCAUGCGAGCUUGGAAAUAGUGGAAGAAAUGCAGGAGAAAAAGGAGCAGAAAGAUGACAAACCACCUGCUCCCACUCCAACUCCAAUCACAUAUUCGUUUGCAGAAACUUAUCAACCUCAGUAUGAAAUACAUAGAAUUGCUUAUGAUCCUCCGCCAGGCCGCUGCAUCAUCAUGUAA